AUGGAGAGCACGAUAUAUCCACCAGAAAGCAUAUAUAACCUCAUUCCUAGGGAAGUACAAAAAAUUGAGAAACCUCCAAGGUAUAUGUCAAAGUUCAGGGAGCAAGUAAAACUGGAGCAACAAUUGAAGAAAGCAUCCAACAAGACCUUGGGACCAGCAAAAGUGGACGUGCCAUCUCCCGAUAAAUAUUUAGUCAAACAUUCUAAGGAACCAAAACUUCCUGAGAAGAAAUCUUUUACAUAUGGAGAUGAACAACAGAGGAAACCGAAAAUUCCGGCUAAAACAGAAAAUCCACUGAUGGGCAUUCACACCAGAAAGAAUUUCAUCAAAACUAAUGCUAUCGAGAACAUCAUGGCAAUGCCACGAAAGCCACAGCCCAUCUGUGCUGAUACCAGAAAGGGAGACAAACAGCCUCUGGACAACUCUGGCCUUGUCCCAAAAUAUGUGAAAAAAAGGGACUAUGGCCAGACCCCAGAGUAUUUGCAGAAACGGCAGGAGGAGGUGAAGAGGGCACAGGAGGAGUAUGACAACUACGUGAAGGAGCGUAUGAAACAGGGAGCCAUGAAACAGCUCUCAGAGGAGGAACGUCAGGACAUUCUGCAGGGUCUGAAGAAAAACUGGGAAGAACUGCAUCAUCAGUACCAGGGCCUCUCUGUUGUCACAGACACUACACCCAAGAAAUACAGGAAAGAGCGCCUGGAGCUGGAGAUGAAACAAUUGGAGAGGGACAUUGACCUGAUUGAGCGAUACAAGACCAUCUACAUAGCCAACAAUUAA